GUCUAUGACACACAACUGGAGAAUGUAGAAGCCUUUGAGGGCCUGUCUGACUUUUGUAACACCUUCAAGCUCUACCGGGGCAAGACUCAGGAGGAGACCGAGGACCCAUCUGUUAUUGGGGAGUUCAAGGGCCUCUUCAAAAUCUAUCCCCUCCCAGAAGACCCCGCCAUUCCCAUGCCCCCAAGACAGUUCCACCAGCUGGCUGCCCAGGGGCCUCAGGAGUGCCUCGUCCGCAUCUACAUCAUCCGAGCAUUUGGUUUGCAGCCCAAGGACCCUAAUGGGAAG